AUGUCGGAACUUGCGUCAGCGCUGCUCAGUUCGUAUCCCAUAUCGCUCCUCGUAUCGGGGCUGGUUGCCAUGGGCCUUCUCUCAUGGUUUCGUCCGACUGGACGAAUCUCUUUCUAUCAUGCUAAGGAUAAUCGCCUUCUUUUGACGAAAGCCUCCAAGGCCGGUCCCAAAGAACAGACCUCCCUGGUGGACGUCUGUCGGGCCGCAACGCCAGAAACUUGCAAUCUGAACCCGUUUCUUUUUAACGGUCAUUUGCAAACAGCCUGGACGACUAUGAAACAUGACAAUGUCCCGAUAUACUAUAAGCGCAAGAUGUUCGAGUCCGACAGCCCCAUGUUCACUGGCCGGUAUGCGAUCGACUUUGUCGUACAGUCCUAUGAGAUGCCUCCUGAAGGCGAGCUCACUGAUCAGGCGAGAAAGUACACACAGCCAUCUGGUCUGCCACCCCGUACCUCAUUCUACUCGCCGGAAGAAGACGCUGCUCUUCCAUCUGAUGAUACUAAGCCAAUGCUUGUUCUUCUUCAUGGCUUGAGUGGUGGUUCCCAUGAAGUUUACUUGCGCCAUAUUGUUGCUCCUCUUGUGGCGGAUGGAUCCUGGGAAGCAUGCGUCGUCAACUCCCGAGGCUGUGCCCAGACCAAGAUUAGCACUGGAGUGCUGUACAAUGCGCGGGCCACUUGGGAUGUUCGCCAGUCGGUGAAAUGGUUGAGAAAGACAUUCCCCAAUCGUCCUCUUUUUGGCAUUGGAUUUUCUCUUGGUGCCAAUAUUCUUGCUAAUUAUCUUGGAGAGGAGGGUGAUGCCUGUCAACUGAAGGCGGCCGUUCUCUGCGCAAGCCCUUGGAACCUGGAUGUCAGCUCAGCCAAUCUGCAACGAACAUGGAUAGGCCGGGAAGUAUACAGCAAGACUAUGGGCUCUAGUAUGAAGAGACUUUUCAACACACAUGUCGAAGCAAUUUCACAAAACCCUCGCAUUGACGUUGACGCCGUCAUGCGCAUCAAUUACUUGCAUGAGUUUGACCGCGCUUUGCAAUGUCCUACCUGGGGCUAUCCCACCGAAGGCGCCUACUACCGUGAUGCUGCUUCGACAGACGCGAUGCUCGGUAUCCGCAUUCCCUUCCUCAGUGUUCAAGCCGAAGAUGAUCCUAUUGCUUCGCGCGAUGCGCUGCCAUUCCAGGAGAUGACUCAAACCCCAUAUGGAGUCAUGUUGACUACAUCAUGGGGCGGCCACCUUGGAUGGUUUGAGUUUGGGGGCGCAAGAUGGUUUGUCAAGCCGGUAACCAACUUUCUGAACACAAUGGCCCGGGAGAUUGACACUCAGAUCCCUGGGGUUGUUGAGCACCCUGAAAAGCUGCCCGGGCGUAUUGCCAGUCAUCCGGGCCCUGGCAAAGACCUUGAUACGGCACCCAAGCCCGAGUUCCAUCCCGUGAACCGUAAGUUGAAUAUGAAUCUUCCGUAA